AUGGGUAUUUCUAAUAUACCUUUAUUGUAUUUCAUCAGUGAUCAUUCAGCGUAUGGUAUUGGUUUCAUCGUUAAAGUGUUUAGUGUAUUUGCUUCUAUCAUUUAUGUGUACUCAGGGAAAUCGGGGAAAUGUGUGAAGAGUGAUAAUAAAAAGCUAGAGUUGGAACAAGGAAUGCCUCCUCGUCGUGAGACACGCAACUCUGGUCGUCGUAAUGGUGGUGGACCAAAUGAGCCUGAUCCAACCAUCGUAGCUGCUAUCACUCAGGCUUUUACUGCUAUGUUGCCUGCACUUGUUCAGGCCGUACGUGGUCCUGAUCCGAAUCCUAAUCCAAACCCUAACCCCAAUCCUAAUCCAAACCCAAACCCAAACAGUGCAAUUGGGGAUUGGCUAGACAAGUUCAUAAAACAGAAACCGAGAUCUUUCACAAAGGCAACCACUCCAAUUGUAGCAAGGGAUUGGAUUGCUCAUAUCGAGAAAAUAUUUCGGGCGUUAGGAGUUGGUGAUGAAUUUAAAUCGAGAUUAGCAUCGUAUAAACUAGAAGAAGAUGCGCAAACUUGGUGGGAAGGGGUAUUGGAGGAAAGAGGAGGAGACCCAUUUGUGGAGAAUUUACCUUGGGCAGAUUUUCGUACUAUUUUCUUCGAGAAAUAUUUUAACAGCGUGGAUAAGAGUUCGUACACACGAGAGUAUCACAAUAUCCGUCAGAGGAAUGACGAACCACUUUCUGACUUCACUGAUCGGUUUUAUCGACUAGUUGGAUUUCUUGGGUCAGCUGCUGGAACACCAGAGGAACAAGCAGAGAAAUAUCAAUGGGCAGUUUGUGAUCGGAUUCGUAGAGCAAUCAUCCAGUCAACGUUCCCCACUGUUGCAGAGGCCGCUAAGGCUGCCAAAAAGGUUGAUAUGGAGAACAAAGAAUUUUUGGGUGGUUCCAAUAAUAGUAGGAAGAGAAACAGAGACGAAUACCGCAGUUCGUUCACUAGUGAGUCGUCUCAAGCGCCUACUCGAAAUAAUCAAAACAAUAUGGGGAAUAGGUCAUCGGGAAGGAAUAAUAGACCAUGGCAGGGAAGGGGCCAAAAUCAGGGUCAGACCAAACCCUACCAGCCACCAACCCAAGCUCAACCCGUAAACCAAAAAGGUAACCAGAACCCUACCCAGCCUCUAGUGUGUAACCAUUGCAACAAGCGUCACCCGGUCAUCUGUCGUCGACUUACUGGGGCUUGCCUUAAGUGUGGAGAUAUGGGGCAUAAGAUUAAUGAGUGCCCAAAGGCUGGUAACCGACCAACUGAUGCCACUAGGGGAGCUACUGUGCCACCUACUACUGGAGGGCGUGUUUUCUCAUUGACUGCAGGGGAAGCUGCUAAUGCUCCAGGUACCAUCUCCGACAAAUGUUCCUUUUUGUAUUAUUAUUUUGCUUGCUUAGUUGUUUAUGGCUUUCAUACAAUCAUUUGUGUCUUAUUGUUUAUCGAUUCACUAGGUACUGUUUCGGGUAGUAUUUAUUUGGGUGAGCGUGACUUGUAUGUGUUAUUUGAUACUGGGGCAACCCACUCGAUAGUCUCACAACUAAUUGCCCGACAUCUUAAAAUUUCGCCUUCUCUAUUGGAUCAAGCUUUAGUCAUUUCUACACCAAUGGGAAAUUCUUCGGUUAUUACUCACAUCUAUAAAGAUUGCCCGCUUGUGAUCGGAAAUGUUAUUCGUAUAGCGAAUCUUUAUCCCAUGCAAAUGGGAGAUUUUGAUGUCAUACUAGGCAUGGAUUGGUUAUCCACGCAUCGCGCUACCAUCGAUUGUCACUCCAAACGAGUCAUUUUUGGUGAUAUUCUGAAUCCUGAAUGUAUUUAUCAAGGAUCUCAACCUCGAAAAUCCAUUAAAAUCAUCUCUGCUCUUAAAGCUCAAAAACUUAUAUCCCAUGGAUGCGAGGGAUUCUUAGCUUCUAUUAAAGAUACCUCAGUGGAUACACCACGUGUCGAAGACGUUCCUAUUGUUCGAGACUUCUCUGACGUCUUUCCAGAAGAAUUGCCAGGGAUACCACCUGAACGUGAAGUAGAGUUCACUAUUGAUUUGAUUCCCGGAUCUGAACCUAUUUCUAAAGCACCCUAUCGUAUGGCCCCAUUGGAGUUGAAGGAAUUGAAAGAGCAGCUGCAAGAACUUUUGGAACUUGGAUUCAUUAGACCUAGUGUUUCACCUUGGGGAGCACCGAGGAGAGCAUGA